GCGCAUGCGCGCAGCGCUCGUUCUCUUUUCAACCGUUCAAGAUGGGUCGCGUCAGGACGAAGACCGUGAAGAAGGCUUCUCGUGUUAUUAUCGAGAAAUUCUAUCCACGAUGCACCUUGGAUUUUCACACAAACAAGCGUUUGUGUGAGGAGAUUGCAAUUAUCCCAAGCAAGCGUCUCCGUAACAAGAUUGCUGGAUUUGUUACUCACUUGAUGAAGCGUAUCCAGAAGGGACCAGUCCGUGGUAUCUCGAUCAAACUUCAGGAAGAAGAGCGUGAACGCCGUGACAACUACGUGCCUGAUGUGUCUGCUUUGGAUGGUGAGGUCAUCGAGAUUGACCCAGACACCAGCAGCAUGUUGAAAUCCUUGGACUUCACCAUUCCCAACGUCCAAGUUGUCACCUCAUCACAGAACGAUAAUAUGGCCGGUGGCCGCCCUUAUCAUGGUCGCCAGCAAAGAGCUUAAAUAAAAAAUGUUUUAAACCCGA